AUGGCCUCCACCCAGCCCCCCACGCCCGCCCAUCCACUCCGGCCAUACUACCAGCCCAGCCCGCGCCGAGCCGAGCACCCGCCGCCCACCCACUGGCUGCGCCCGCCCUCGACGAGCCCCGCGCCGGCCACGCUGGACGGCCUGCUGUCGCCGGCGCCGCCGGGCUAUCUGCCCGCCCGGCGCGCCUCGGCCGUCGUUCCCGACUACGGCCUCGCCUCCCUCCGCCCCGCCCCGGACCCCGCCUCCCUCCCCGUCCUCCUCCGCGCAUAUCUCGCCGCUGGCCUCGUCGCCUUCACCUCCACCGCCAUCGUCAUGCCCUUCGAGGUCGGCAAAACCCUCCUCCAGGUCCAGUCCAUCCCCGCCGCAGACCAUCCCCUCCUCCUCCCCAAUCCUUCCUCGCUCCAUCCCGCCCCAGACGACUAUCUCGACGAAGACGAGGAGGACGACUCCCUGGACACGGACAGCUUUACGCAAGUCAAGCCUGCUCUACGGCCGUCGAUUGGGUCGACGAUAUCGAAGCGAACGAUCUCAGGGUCGACGAGUGCGACGCGGACGCGCGGGGAAGGCGAGCCAGGGACGUGGCCGGAGUGGGUAUUGCCAGUGGUAGUAGAGCGGGGGGUCGGGGACAUGAUGCGAGCGAUCAGUCGGUGGCGGGGGGAGGGGUUCCUGGGGCUGUGGAAGGGCCAACUGACGGCCUGCGUCAUCGACAAGGUCUCCUCCAAGCUCCAGCCGGUCCUCCUGAGCGCCCUGUGCCUGCUCAGCAGCAGCCCCUCCGCCGCCACUCUGCCGCUCGAACACCAGGCGUAUCCGGGGCUGCCCCUGGCGCUCAGCGUGGGCUCGUAUCUCGCCACCGGGCUCCUGCUCGCCCCGCUCGACCUCGUCCGCACCCGGCUCAUCGUCCAGAGCGCCCAGCUCCGCCACCGCACCUACUCCGGCCCCCUCGACGCGCUCAAGACGAUCAUCCGGGACGAGGGCGGCGUCCCCCACGACCCGCUCCGCUUCGCCCUCGCCGAAUUCGCCCUCAAUUCCGCCGCCCUCGUCCUCCUCACCCCCCUCGAAAUCGUCCGCAAACGCCUCCAGGUCCAGCUCCGUCAUCCCCCUUCCUCGGCCCCUCCGUCUCCUAUGAAAGCUUGCGUCCGGCUCAGACCCACCCCUUACAACGGAAUCGUCGAUACCAUCUACCGGAUCAUCUCGGAAGAAAAACACGGCUUCUGGGCCCUCUUCCGCGGCUUCAACGUCGGCUUGACCGCUAAUAUCGCCGUCUUUUUGCUUACUAGCCUCGCCAAUGGGCCGUUUGGUGUCAACUCCAACGGCAAUAGUCUUUCCUCGAGCGGCUGGGCUGAAGUGUGA